AUGAUUACUGGUCUUUCAUUUUCUUUAAAUGCCAAUAAACCGCAGUCCCUCUGGGCUCAGAGCCACGGUCAUGCUGCAACCAUUGCAACGAGGCGGCGAGGGGAUUCCUCCGGCGUUCGCUUCACUUUUGUACUCUAUGAGAAUCAACGCCGGUGGCUCGGAAUUGGAUGGACAUACUCUCUGUUUCCCUCUGAGCGUGCUGCAUGGACCGACGAACAUCUGAACCCAGCCCCGUCCAAGGAUGACUUUGAGCUCCCCCAUGUACAGGCUGGGAAUGCCAAGUGGCGCUGGGUCGAGGGCAGUGAGUGGCGUAUUGAAGGAGCUGACGAUACGAACAGCAAGGCAGAUGGUAAAGCAGCGGAUGGUGGAGGAUGGAUCUACUAUGAUAACAAGUGGAAUGAUGGCCGUCGUGGGCAAGAUGGUUGGGAUCGUUAUACUCGUCGUCGGAAGUGGUGCCGCGACGCUGAACUUGUCGAGAUACCACAAGCGACUGAAAACACGCCGGCUACGGCCAAGUCUAGUUUAACACAGGCGUUGGAUAAUCAGAGGGAGUCGGGGAACAUUGACGCUUCAACAGUCGAUACCGAUACCGUGAGUCUCGCCCCGUCAGCCUCCUCCAAGGCGCGGAAAAGACGUUGGUUCGGGGGUUCGAAACCUGUAAGCGACAAAGCCAGUAGCUCUUCCUUUGCGCUACCAGCCUCCACCAAUACAUCUUCCGUGGACGCUGGAAAAAUAACCUCUACCACCAGUUACAGCCCAUCGGGAACCCCCGUCUCGAGACCGAUUGACAUUGCGCACUCUCGGAAGCCAUCGAACUAUUCCGGCAACGCAAGUCAUGGCAGUAUGGGCCGAGACAGCAGCGUUGCGGGGAGUGUCUCGCACAGUGACAGUGCCAGCAUUCGAGAUAAGGAAAUUGUCCACGCUCAAGAUCGUCUAGACCGCUGGGGUACUCGAGCUACAGGUGGUAUUGAGCGAGCGGAGCGAGAACUGGGGCUGGGUGACGAGGUCAAUAUGGGGUUGAGUUAA